GGCAACCGGUGAAUUUAGAAAUUCUGGUCAAUUUUAUUAAAUACUAUAUAGUUAAACUACUCACUGGUUACCUUAGUAUUACAUAAGACGAAACUUUACUAAAAUAAAUUAAAUAUGUCGGAUAUAUUGGAAAUCAAUGGGAAUGUGUUAGAAGGGGGUGGUCAAAUUCUCCGGAUAUCGAUCUCGCUUAGUGCUAUCCUAGGCGUUCCUGUGCGGGUGACGAACAUCCGCGCUGGCCGCAGCAAGCCGGGCUUAGCUCCACAGCAUUUAAAGGGAAUUGAACUUGUAGCGGACAUGUGCCAAGCGAAGUUAAAAGGUGCCAGUAUAGGCUCCACAGAAAUCGAGUUUAUUCCGGGCAGAAUCAGAGGAGGACACUAUGUAGCUGAUACUAAGACAGCGGGCUCAAUAAGUCUGUUACUGCAAGUGGCACUACCAUGCGCGCUGUUCGCGGACGCCCCUGUGACCCUGGAUCUGAAGGGCGGCACCAACGCUGAUAUGGCACCUCAGAUCGACUACAUGGACCGAGUGUUCAGGGUCACCCUCGAAAAGUUUGGUGCGGACUUCAGCAUGGAAAUAUUAAGGAGGGGUUACUUUCCAAAAGGCGGGGGGCAAGUGCGUGUGGAAGUGAAACCAGUACAAUGUUUAAAAAGGAUUGACCUCACUGACAGAGGCGACGUUAAGGAAAUAACCGGCACGAGCUUUGUCGCUGGGAGCUUGCCUAUUAAGCUCUCACACUUGAUGGCGGAAGGGGCGAAACGAGAACUGAGUUCUGAGAAGAAUAUUAAAAUACACAGCUACAAGGAAUACUGGCAGAUGGCUCCCGACAACUGCAAUGGUAUCAUAUUGUCAUGCAAUUUGUCGUCGGGAUGCGUCCUCGGUAGUGACGCGUUGGGCAAACGCGGUAUUGAAGCGUCGGACGUUGGACGCAAGGCGGGGGAGAAUUUGAGGCGAACGUUGGACAGCGGCGCGUGCGUUGAUCCCCAUACGCAGGACCAGGUAAUACUGUACAUGGUACUGGCGGAGGGCAGGUCGGUAGUCCGCACGGGUGACGUCACUCUGCACACAGAAACUGCUAUAUACAUCGCUGAAAUCAUUGCCAAGGUAAAGUUUAGUAUCAAGGCUGAUGCGGAACAAAACUUAAUUGAGUGUACCGGUUUAGGAUUCAUGAAUAAAAGUAUACCUCGGGAAUAACACUUUUGCCAAGACUAAUACUAAGUUAUAAACUAUAAUAUAAUUGUAUAUUAUAAUAUAAUUUAUUUGUUUAAUGUCUUUUCAGUAACCAUGAGACUGUUAAAAUAUAACCUAUUAACUU